AAGAUUUAUGUCAAAACUCAAAACUCAAAACUCAAAACUCAAAACUAAGCAGAAGAUGCCAAGAAGAGACGGCGAGUAAAACGCCAAAAGAAAAAGAAAAAAGAAAAAGGGGACAGGGCGAAUAAUACGAACGGGGUGGUUGAUUCUCUGAGCAAAGCUCUCCGCUCUCAACUCAUAUUCCCUGCGAAAUCCGGCAGCAUGUAGCCUCCUUUGCCACCUUUUCUUCAUUCUCAUUUUCUCUCUCCACCGCUCUAUACACCAACUCACGCACGCAAUAUUUCAUAAAAUUUCUCUCUCCUCUCUUUUUCAGUUUUUUGAAUUUCUGAACUUGCCGGCCGCCGUCGCGACUGCUGCUCGACCGUCGCAUCUCCGACUAGCGUCUUCUUUCUGUCUCCAUCAGCGCUGUGAAGGUUUCGGUGCUUUGUAGUCUUCAAUUUUAUACAAGCCAAGUGAAACCCAAAACCUAAAAGCCUUAAUUACCUCCCUCUCUCUCUUCGACGCAGGCCGCAGCCACCAGCCACCAGCCACCAGGCCACCAACCUCAUCCGACCACCGAAGUACACCCAGAUCCGCAGCAUACCGAGGCGACUAAGCGAGGUUGCGAGGAAGAGGAACCGAGUCACCGAUUCACCGAGGAAGAGGAGGAGCCGUCGAGCAGGCGAGCACCGAGGAAGAGGAGGAGCCGUCGAGCCGGCGAGCACCGAGGAAGAGGAGGAGCCGUCGUCCGUCGAGCCGAGCACCGUGUUCAUCAUUUCCAAGCACCGAGGACUCGAGGAGACGAGGAGGAGGAGGAGUCCCCGUCGAGCCGAAAGUCCGAAACCCGAUUCAGCAGACAGCAAGUGCAACGUGAGGAAUGAAAAAAGAGAAAAAACAGUGAUGGGGAGAGAAGGAUACGUAGUCCCGGUAGACCCUCAGAUGAGUGUGGGUCUGACGAAGAAACCUGCUGGAUCACGCAGUUGGAUUUUGCUUGAUUCUUCUGGUCAGGAAAACGUUCUUGAUCUCGACAAGUACUCUAUUAUGCACCGUGUUCAAAUUCAUGCUCGCGAUCUUCGUAUUUUGGAUCCUCUUCUCUCUUACCCUUCCACCAUCUUGGGUCGUGAGAAAGCUAUUGUUUUGAAUUUGGAGCAUAUCAAGGCAAUUAUCACUGCUGAUGAGGUCUUACUUAGAGACCCUUCAGAAGAAAAUGUAAUUCCUGUUGUUCAAGAACUUCAGAGGCGUUUAUGUCCUGAAAGUGCUGCGCAUAAAGUUCAUGGAGAUGCGAAGGAGUCAGGGGGACAUGAUGUUGAAGCUACUGAAGAAGAUGAAUCACCCUUUGAAUUCCGUGCUCUUGAGGUGGCUUUGGACUCAAUUUGUAGCUUUCUUGCUGCACGUACUACUGAACUGGAAACUGCUGCUUAUCCAGCAUUGGAUGAGCUGACGUCCAAGAUAAGUAGCCGGAACUUGGAUAGAGUGAGGAAAUUAAAGAGUGCAAUGACGAGGUUGACUGCUCGUGUUCAAAAGGUGAGGGAUGAGCUUGAACAGCUUUUGGAUGAUGAUGAUGACAUGGCCGACCUUUACCUGUCCAGAAAGCUGGCUGUUCCUGCUUCACCUGUUAGUGGAUCAGGAGCUGCUUGGUUUCCCAGUUCCCCUACUGUUAUCUCUAAGAUAUCGAGAGCAAGCAGAGCAAGCGUGGUCACAGGUCGUGGCGAUGAUAAUGAUGUUGAGGAACUCGAGAUGUUGCUAGAGGCUUACUUCAUGCAAAUUGACGGGACAUUAAAUAAACUAACAACGCUUCGUGAAUACAUUGAUGACACUGAGGAUUACAUUAACAUUCAGCUUGACAAUCAUCGAAAUCAGUUGAUUCAGUUGGAGCUUUUCCUGAGUUCUGGAACUGUUUGCUUAUCGAUCUACUCCUUGGUUGCUGCAAUUUUUGGCAUGAAUAUACCUUAUACUUGGAUGGAACAUCACGGUUACAUCUUUAAAUGGGUAAUUAUAAUUUCUGGAGUUCUUAGCGCUGUACUCUUUUUGGUUAUAAUCGCAUAUGCUCGUUAUAAAGGGCUUGUGGGAUCAUGAGCAUCAGUUAAUCACUCAUCUUUUUCUUGGAAAAACAAGAACAAUCUCUAUUCUGGCUUUAACCACAUCACACCAGCAUACUUACUCAAAAUCUUAUUGGAUCUAGCAUACUUGGAUAGGGGGUACAUGUUCAUACUGAUAUUGAAAUAUAGCAACACAACGCUAUUCUUGGUAACCUCGGCAGACCUUGCAUAGGCUUUUAUUUUUAUACCUUUGGUUUCCUCUUGUAAAUUUACAGUAUAUCAUUAAUAGAUGUUUCGUUGUCAGUAAAUCAACUGGAACAUAAAUCACAUAUGAUUACCGUGUGCUAGCUAAUGCUUUUGCAGAA